UCUGGACAGAAAGGCAAAGCAAAGGAGAUUUCCAAUCAAGGAAAGUAUCAUCAACAGCGGCGCAAUGAGCUAAACCAACAAGCUGCUGCGUGGAUCUUCAAAGAAACCAAUCGACGUUCACCUCCUGGUACAAUCGACCUUCACGGUUUAUACGUCCACGAGUCAAUCUCUUACACCGAAUCAUUCAUCGAAAGAGAACAACGGACAGGUGGCCAGAAAACACUUCGUGUGAUCGUUGGCAAAGGAAUUCACUCGGCUCAUCACAUACCGCGGUUGAAACCUGCUAUCGAAAACAUGGUCACAAAGUAUGAUUUGGCUAUCCAUGUAGAUCCUCAUAACGCCGGAGUCCUAUUACUCGACUUG